AUGACCUCUUUAAAUCCUGUUGAAAUUUCAUCAUCCGUUGAAAAACCAAUAAAAAUUAUUGCAUCAUGGGAAGAACGAAUAUCCACGUUCGUCAAUGCCAUCUCGAAACCGACUACAAAAGCCGGUGAACUCCUUACUACCCUUCUCGAUACCUUUUUCCCCAAUGGCGUCACUCCCAAUUACGAUCAAUCCUCUUCAGACUCUCUGAAACCCGACAUAUUCACUCAACUCAUCACGCUAUGCGACACUAAAGCUUUAACAGAUCAUGGCGUGAUUAAUAAGGCUCUUGCAACCAGUCAUCUCCACGAAAUCCAUCAAAACCUACAGUCAUACUGUGAUGAAAAAGGUGUACGAUCGGUGUUUAUGAAAAAAUUGGUCGAGUUGUGUGAUGACUUCUACAAAUCGAUGACUGAUAACGCGAGACGUGAUGUAGUGCAAUUGUUACCUGUAAUGAUUACUUUUGCGUUCUUACACUUGGCCGUGCUCCGGGAAAGGAGUACGUGUAAAACGGUUUGUCAUUUAAAUCUUCGUCGUGAUGUUCGAUUCUUUCGUCAUGAAAAA